CGGACCAAUCAGAAAACAACCGAGAAGCGUUGUAUCUAGGCAACAAAUGUAAACACUGGAAGGACAGGAUUUUUAGGAAAAUAUACAUUGGUAUGCUGAAAUUAUACAAUAAAAGGACCCCAUAUGGUGGAUUCAGGUAUCUUUGAAUCUGUGGAACAACAGCUUAUGAUCUGUAACAACAGAUGAAGUCAUGAACACACAUAGAAGAAGAGACACUCCUCAGGGGCACCACAACUUUGCAGGGGAAAGACGUAGCGUGCCUAAUAGGAAAGCAGAUGCAGUAAAUCAUCCAUUCCCAAACAAGCCUGUGAGCCAUAGAAGACCUAGCAGGCCACAAGUUUCACUAGAUUUGGAUGAUUUUGAAAACAUCACAGUUUCUACUCAACCAGUAGCCCCUUUGUUACCCCAGGAGCAUCAUUCACAUGGCAUCACAGAGACCACCGUAGCCUCACUGUCAGACAGACUGCCCAGUGAAGAGCUGCAGUUGACCAAAGCAAUCCAUGCAAAACAGCUCAUGCUGCAGGAGAAGCUCUUGAAAGUUGAAUUAAAAAUAAGACAAAAGCUCCAGAGGGCCAGCGCUGACUAUGCUGGAGGUAAUGAGAAAACAAGUAGGGAGGAGGGACACAGCAGAGGACGAGCUCAGGUGCAAAAAACUCAAACAAAUACCAGAAUGUCUGAGCUCCAGUUUAGAGAGCUAGCUCAAGGCAGAGAUAAAGUGAUGGAGGAUAGAAGGUAUGAUGAUUUUAAGCAAGUUAGGCACAAACAAGAUCAGAGGACUGAGGACAGAAUGAGGACUACGAAGGAAGAACACCAGGACGAUUCAGAAACUAUUCAGCCUAACAGAAAAGGAAAUAAAGGCACUUAUAAGGUCAUAUCUAGCAAACAAGAAGUGAAUGGAGAACUGAACAAAUCAAGAUGGCAUAAUGUGAAAGAGCAUACCAGAGGAAAACGAGGAGGUGGGACAGAUUAUGGUACUGGUGGAGAAAUAGAAAAAAUAAAGUACAGUGAUGUGCCUCAGGAGAGUCUGCAGAAAACUCCUUAUACAGGAAACCACAGAGGGGCAGGAGGAAAUCAGCUCUGGGAUUCAACUCUUCCAUCUAGACCUUCACAAUGGAGUGGACCACACCGGGGAGAGCUCGUGCUCAAGGAGAGCACAGAAGUCAGCCUCCAGCUUUUUCCUUGCAAAAUCUGCAACAGAAAGUUUGUGAGUGAAAGAUUAGAGAAGCACGUCCAAAUAUGUGAGAAGGCGAAUUUUUCACACCGGCAAGUCUUCAACUCGUACGCUAACAGGACCAAAGGAUCCCAGAUAGAGCAGUUCCUGAAAACACACCAGAAACAAGAGUCCAGAGGUUUUAAAUGAAAAGGACAGAUCACAAAACCGCCAGGGAAAUCCCCAAGCUGGCACCUCGCAGCCAAAACGGGUCAAGAAAUCCACCCCAGACAGCGAGCCUGAGAUCCGUGAGCCUCAGCACAUCAAAAGUCACCUUGUUGUGAUGAUGAUGAUGUCACUUAUUAGAUUGGACACUUUGGAGAAUUUAUUAAUCUGCUGCCAUUUCAAUAUUUCCCUCAUUAUUGUCUAAUAUAAUUCAUGUUCUAAAAGCAUAAAUGUUGGCAUCAAUAAACAGUAACACAACAAAGUGUGGUAACCGCUGACUGUACACUCAGAAUGAAAGAUAACAGUUUUAUUUAUGGCUUGUGCACAAAGCAUAGACAAACAGAGUGACUGGGCGAGAUGCAGUUUUUUUUUUUUUUUUUUUACAACUGUUGCAUCCCAGCAGUAUUUGGUAAACUAUUUAAAGAAAAAAAAAAGUAAACCGUAUUUUUAAAAACUGAACA